UUAAUUCUCAAAAGAACCAAAAUAUUUAUAUUUCUUAAAGAAGUGUCCUUCCAGAGAGCUGCCUUGGUGAAAUCAAGUUUUUCUAUGAGCUAAUCUACAGUUAAAAGUAAAACAAACAUACCGUUUAGCCAAAGACUAGUCAUGUGCCAGAACGCCCCAGCCUGCCCUAGCAGUGGUAAAUAUAAUUUCUUGAGCUUCCAGGGCAUGUGUGGAAGGAAAAAAUAAGAAAUAAGAGAUUCAAGACAUUUACAAGAAGAUGGAAAGUAAGAACCUGCAGUUGGGGGCAAACUAGAGCAUCCUCAGAACCUGUCGGCCUAAUUUCUGGACACUCUUGUCCCAAAGUCUAUGGUUCUGUGCUGCUGAAGAAAACCAGAAAAGGGUCUGGAGGCUCUCCAGGCAUGGCCAGACACUCCAUCUUAUAUUUCAUCCUGCUGAGUGCUCUGAUUGACAAGGGCCAAGCCUGUUUCUGUGAUCAUUACCCAUGGACUCAGUGGUCCAGCUGCUCAAAAACCUGCAAUUCUGGAACCCAGACCAGACAGAGAUACAUCGUUGUGAAUCAGUACUAUCUGGAAAACUUUUGCGACCAGCUUUGCACCAAGCAGGAGACCAGAGAAUGUAACUGGCAAACUUGUCCGAUCAAUUGCCUCCUGGGAGAUUAUGGACCGUGGUCAGACUGUGACCCUUGUGUUGAAAAACAGUUUAAAGUUAGGUCCAUCUUGCGCCCCAGUCAGUUUGGAGGACAACCAUGUACUGAGCCCCUCAUGACCUUUCAACCAUGCAUCCCUUCUAAGCUCUGCAAAAUUGAAGAGGUUGACUGCAAGAAUAAGUUCCGCUGUGACAGUGGUCGCUGCAUUGCGAGCAAGUUGGAAUGCAAUGGAGAAAAUGAUUGUGGAGACAAUUCAGAUGAAAGGGAUUGUGGGAGAAAAAAAUCAGUAUGCUCACGGCAGUAUAAUCCCAUCCCUAGUGUACAGCUGAUGGGCACUGGGUUUCAUUUUCUGGCAGGAGAAGCCAGAGGAGAAGUCCUUGAUAACUCUUUCACUGGAGGAAUAUGUAAAACUGUCAAAAGCAGUAGAGCAAGUAAUCCAUACCGUUUCCCUGCCAAUCUGGAAAAUGUCAACUUCGAGGUACAAACUGAAGAAGAUGAUCUGGAAACAGAUUUCUAUGAGGAUUUAAUUUCUCUUGAUGAUAAUAAAGAUCAACAAAGUUUAGCUAUAGGCCAAGAGAAGAGCUCUUUUCAUGUACCAAUUUUUUAUUCCUCAAAGAGAAAGCGAAGCAGCACCCAUAAUUCUGCCUUCAAACAAGCCAUUCAAGCCUCCUACAAAAAGGAUUCCAGUUUUAUUAGGAUCCAUAAAGUGAUAAAAGUCUUAAAUUUCACAAUGAAAACUAAAGAUCUGCAGCUUUCUGAUGUCUUUUUGAAAGCACUUAACCAUCUGCCUCUAGAAUACAACUCUGCUUUAUACAGCCGGAUAUUUGAUGACUUCGGGACUCACUAUUUCACCUCUGGCUCCCUGGGAGGCGUGUAUGAUCUCCUCUAUCAGUUUAGCAAGGAAGAACUAAAGAACUCAGGUCUAACGAAGGCAGAAGCCCAAAACUGCAUCUGGGUUGAAACAAAGAAACGCUUCCUUUUUUUUACGAAAACAAAAGUGGAAGACCGGUGCACCACUAACAAGCUGUCAGAGAAAUAUGGAGGUUCAUUUAUUCAGGGAUCAGAGAAAUCCAUAUCCCUGGUUCAAGGCGGGAGGAGUGAGUAUGCAGCAGCUUUGGCGUGGGAGAAAGGGAGUUCUGGUCCAGAAGAGAAGACAUUUUCUGAGUGGUUAGAAUCAGUGAAGGAAAAUCCUACUGUGAUUGACUUUAAGCUUGCUCCCAUUAUAGACUUGGUAAGAAAUAUCCCCUGUGCGGUGACAAGACGGAACAACCUCAUGAGAGCUUAUCGAGAAUAUGCAGCCAAGUUUGACCCCUGCCAAUGUGCUCGAUGCCCUAAUAACGGCCACCCCACGCUCUCAGGGACUGAAUGUCUGUGCGUGUGCCAGAGCGGCACCUACGGUGAGAACUGUGAGAGGCGCUCUCCGGAUUACAAAUCUAAUGCUGUAGACGGGAACUGGGGCUGCUGGUCUUCCUGGAGCACGUGUGAUGCUACUUACAAGAGAUCGAGAACCCGAGAAUGCAACAAUCCUGCCCCCCAGCAAGGAGGGAAAAGCUGUGAGGGGGAGAGGUGGCAAGUGGAGCACUGCACAUUUUCCAUAAUGCAGAACGAUGGACAACCAUGCAUCAGUGAUGAUGAGGAAGUGAAAGAAAUAGACCUCCCUGAAUUAGAAUCAGAUUCAGGGUGUCCUCAACCAGUCCCUCCAGAAAAUGCAUUUAUCCGGAAUGAAAGGAAACUGUACUCCGUUGGGGAAGAAGUUGAAAUCAUAUGCCUUACUGGUUUCAAACCUGUUGGAUACCAGUACUUCAGCUGCUUACCAGACAGAACCUGGAGGCGAGGAGAUGUGGAAUGCCAACGGACAGAGUGCCUCAAGCCAGUGGUGCAGGAAGUACUGACACUGUCACCAUUUCAGACAUUAUAUAAAAUUGGUGAAUCCAUUGAGCUAACCUGCCCCAGAGGCUUUGUUGUUGCUGGGCCAUCAAGGUACACAUGCAGUGGGGAUUCCUGGACACCUCCCAUUUCAAGCUCACUCACCUGUGAAAAAGAUACCUUGGAACUCUUAAAAGGCAAUUGUCAACCAGGACAAAAACAGUUGGGAUCUGAAUGCAUUUGCAUGUCUCCAGAAGAAGACUGUGGCCUUUAUUCAGAAGAUAUCUGUGUGCUUGAUACUCGCUCCAGUCAUCACUUUACUUCAACCGCUUGUAAGUUUUUGGCCGAGAACUGUUUAAACAAUCAGCAACUCCAUUUUCUACAUAUUGGUUCAUGCCAAGACGGUCCACAACUAGAAUGGGGUCUUGAAAGGACAAAACUUUCAUCCAGUAGCACAAAGAAAGAAUCCUGUGGCUAUGACACCUGCUACGAUUGGGAAAAAUGUUCAGCUGCCACCUCCAAGUGUGUCUGCCUAUUGCCCUCCCAGUGCUUCAAGAGUGGAAACCAGCUCUUCUGCGUCAAAAUGGGAUCAUCAAUGAGCCAGAGAACAGUGAACAUCUGUGAAGUAGGAGCUGUCAGGUGUGCCAACAGGAAAGUGGAAAUACUGCAUCCCGGGAGGUGUUAGACCUAACACAGUUACUGAUAAACAGAUUUACUGCCCCAAAAUAAUCCCUACAAAAGGACACUCUUGAACCAACAGCAGACUGUCAUACCCAGGAGUUACCAACAUAAAUCCUUUUGUGUUCAUUUCACAUUAUUGUUCUCCCUGCCUCCCGUGUCUUCUCCCCUGUCCAGUUCCCAUCCAUGAUGCUCUGUAGCAUACCCCUAGGUAAUAACGUCCACAUCAAUCUAAUAAAUUCUUCUGUUCAUGUUGCACUAAAAUGAUGGGACUUCUGAGGACCUUAUGAAGCCUGUGGUAUUAAGCAUCCUGACAAGUAGAAAUCAGAACAAAAACUGUAACUUUCUUCAGUGAAUCAAUAAGCAUAGAAAUCUACAACAACUUGUAUAACACAUUCUUGAAAACCAACCUUCAUGCAUUCACUCAACAAAUAAUUGUGAAUGUCUACAAUGUUCCCAGUACUGUUCAAGGUGCUGGGGAAUCAGCAGUGACUAAAACAUACAAAAGCCCUUGCCUUCAUAAAGCUCACAUUCAUGUGGAGGAGGACAUACAGAACAUAAAAUAAGCAAAUAAAAUAUAUGGUAUGUUUGAUGAUGAUAAUUGCUAUGGAGAAGAUAAUGCAAGGAAAGGUGAGUCCCAUCCUUAAUCCUCGUCUUACACGAGGAAAUAUUCUAUAGUUAAUAAGCAUCACAGUAAGGAUGAUUGGACUCAAGUGGAAGUUGCCUUGCUUGAAGUAGUUAAUAAACUUCUGGAGUUUUCUCCUUAGGAGACUCUCUUUGCCUCAGCUAAAGUGCAUCAGAAAGCUUUUAAGCUAAAGUGUGUGAUGGAUGGAAAAUCAUAAGAGAACUUCAAAGGAAUAAUUUUUAAGGUAAGGCAUAUCUUUCGUAUUAGGCCAUACCAAGUAGACACCCACUUCUUAGAGUACCAUUUUGAAUUGGGGAAGAGAAACAUCUUUGGAACAGCAGUUCUCAAACACGAGUGCACAGUGGAAUCGCUUGGAGCAUUUGCUAAUAUAGAUGCCUGCGACCUAGCCCCAGUUUCUGGUUCAAUAGUUCUGGGGUGGGGCCUGAGAAUCUGUAUUUCUAACAACUUUCCAUGUGGGACUGCUCAUGAUGAUCAGGGGUGUCGCAUUGUGAGAACACUUAGCCUAGAAAUGGAGUCAUCAAACAGCUAAUACAACUACUGAAAUAAUGAUCUCGAAACUUCAGCCAGCCAAUCUCCAAGCAGGUGAGUGGAAGCAGAUUCCCUUCCUCUAAAACUCACUGGGAUGCCCAGCUAAUGGAAGGGGUCUAUGAGUCACAGCCACCUGGCAGCACCCUCUUUAGACCUUAUACAUAAAUCUCACUCCUCCGUCUCAUUAAUCAUAAGAUCUUGGCAAAAAUAUAAAACAUCUUGGAAUAUCAAAGGCUAAGUAUGAGGAAGGGAAAAACCAAGAAAGAGAAAACACAUUUUCCUGGUGUAACGGCAAUUGAGUGGGAAUUGAUCUUUGCCCAGGAGUCAGUGACGCAGCUUUUCCCCAGUCAUGCCACCCUACACCCCUCUCACUACAAAAAUGGUGCAGGCCACUCUUGUAAGCUUCGCGCCUUCAGCACUCCCAAGACGCCAAAGUGAGGGCAAAGUUUAGGCAU